AUGUGGGACGAUUGCUAUGAAGGUAAGUCUCUCUUGAGCCCUGCAUCCACCUCUAAGCUUGGUCUGUCCAUUUCUGAUGUCAUAACAGAUUGGCUUAAAUCCCUCCCUGAAGAACUCAUACCCGACAUCCUAAUCAGACUACCCAUCAAAUCCCUCAUUAGAUUCACCUCUGUCUGUAAACCUUGGAUGUCCACCAUCAAAGACCCAACAUUUGUUCGCAAUUUCAGUGACCAAAAUGCCACCCACCUCAUUCUCCUCCACGUUGUUCAGAGUGAAGGCUACUUUAACCCUGAAGGAACAAUUCAAAUCAUUGGGUUCCAAGAAGACUCUUACUCUCUGCUUCAUGAUGACACUGCUGUUUCUGAGUAUUGCAAGGUUGAGUUUCCAAUUGCUCUUAAUGAAGAAUUGAUCAAUCCGUGUUUUCGUGUGGUGGGUACUUGUAAUGGGUUGGUUUUGCUUGCUGAUGAUUUGGGGGAUUAUGGUUACACCUUUGUUUUAUGGAAUCCUAGUAUUAGAAAGUAUGUGACCCUUCCCAAGCCCAGUGUGUGGUUUUCGACGCACGGUAGGUAUGAUGCUUCACUUGGUCUGGGUUAUGAUGCUAUUAGUAAUGACUAUAAGGUUGUGAGACUUACCACCCUUUUCGACCAAUCUGAUGAUUGCCUGACUAAAGCUCAGGUAUAUUCACUCGGCGAGGGCUCUUGGAAGAUGCUCCUUCCUGUUCCUGUUCCUCAGUGUUUUGUGUCUGAUUCCUUGGUCCAUGUUUUUGUCAACGGGUCACUUCACUGGAUGGCUAUCCAAUGGACAGAGAUAUAUAUGAACUAUUUCAUUUUGACAUUUGAUGUGGCUGGUGAAUCAUUUGGAGAGAGAUUGUUGCCCAAGAGCUUCAAAUUGGAUGAGCCACUAGACUUGAGGUUGUCUGUUUCUGGAGAUAGAAAAUCGAUUGCUCUGUUUGUGAGGUGUGAGAAUUAUGAAGGUGAUUCUUUUCUUGAUGUUUGGGUAAUGAAAGAGUACAGUGAGGAGAAAUCAUGGACAAAAUUGGUUGUUCUCAGUCCACAAGGUCCGGAAAGAAGUCUACCCAAGGCAUUUUGUUUCAAGAGGAGUGGUGAAGUGAUAUUGGAACUAGACGGUAGCCAUGAGUUAAUUUCUUUUGAUGUUGUGAGCAAAGAGUUUAAACAUCUAGGGAUAUCUGGAGGGCCAAUUUGCUCUGUUGACUCUUUUGAAGAGAGCAUUGUCUUGCUCGACAGGAAUGAUGCAGCUUCAUACUGA